GGGGUUGGAGUUGGACAGUGUUUUCGAGCAACUAUGUUUUUAUUUUUGUUCAAUGUCUGUGUGUGCACGUGUGUGUGGUUGUUUGUUUUUUUGUUAUAUUUAUUCCAUAUUUUUCUUUUGUGUGGCUCUCUUUACACUUUUUAUGUUACAUUUUUUACUACUUUAUUGUGCAGGAUUUUUUUCUUGGUGCUUGCAUAACUUCCCCUAUUCCUCCCUCAAAAAUAUAAUGGUCCAUAUGUAAUGUGCGUCAUAAGAACAAAGAACUGCAAGAUUAUAAAAGCAAAUUGCCUUGAACGUAAGAUUGCUGUAUUCUUUUAAGACAUUUCGUAUACAUGUACAUUGAGACAUGCUAAGAGAUUUCGCGUGUUGAAAUUAUUGUGAAAAGUUACAACUUUACGUCAUCAUAUAUACUUUGUGUUUCUGUGUAGUACUGAAGCCUGAGGUUUUAGUUUGUGUUUUGAUUUGAUGCACGCUUUCUAAUGUCAAGAAUGUAAAAUGUGUGUCCAAACAGGACGAAUUUGUAGAAAAUUAGAAGAAAAUUUAGCAAUAAAGGAAUGAAGGUAAAUGUAACGAAAAUAACAAACAACAUACAGUCACAUUUCAAAACAAUGGAAGGUACAUGUAAGAUAAACAUUUUGGACAACGGUGCUGGCCGCGAUGGGAAAUAUUUCACUUUCUUCCCGGUAGGGUGGAACUUCACUUGUUAAUACCUUCAUCCAUACUCUUUCUACAAUGAUAACUGGAUUCCAGUUGGUAGCACCUGUUGAAGAACUGGUUAUAAAGGUAGGCGUAUGGCCGUAAUGCCUUUUUAGUUGUUGAAAAUGGAAUCCUUGCGGUCGCGUGUUAAAAAAAAAGGAAAACAAAAAAAGAAAUAAAUGGGCGAAAAAAUUCACAUGUGUUAGCCAUAACGCAAAGCGCUCGGGAUGAGUUAAUCCAAGCCUCUCGUAGAAACAGCACUGGGGUAGAAAAUAAUCUUUAUACCAGGGAGUUGGCCAAAAACUUCAAAUUUGGUUGGUGGCCAAAUAAAUGCAACGUUCAGAUUUUCAUUUUCGUCCAGUUGCCUUUCGUUUUUAUCACUGAUCGAAACUAGAAAAGGAGAGCCAAUGAACAGCUUAUGCGAAAAAUUAUAAUACUGCUCAGUAGGAAAUCAGCAGUUUCAACUGAUGAACUAUUUAGAAUGAGCGUUUGCCUUGGUUAAUUCUCUGAAGGCCUCAACAAUCAAUAGUCAAAAAGUUUCAACUGGAACGAGAAAAUCGUGACACAGCCGAAUUCAAAGGCUGAAAAGGCAGCAGCUUUUAGUUAUCCUUGCCUUAUCCAGGGGCCUUCUGAUAGAAUGUCGUACACAGAGGUUAUUCUCAUGGUAAUUUUCUCUAUCCUUGUGGCUGUAAAUCUGCUAGGGAAUACUUUGGUUUGUGUUGUUGUGCUCCGAACCAAAUCCAUGAGAAUGCCAAUGAACUAUCUCUUGAUAAACCUUGCCGCUGCUGACAUGGCAUUCGCCCUCUUCGUAUCGCCGCAGUAUAUUUUUCGUCCAUUCCUUCAGCACCCUAGUGCUUUACUGGGUGACCUUCUAUGUAAGGUCGCGACUGGAGGAAGCCUGAGUUGGAUUGGAACAGCCGCUGCAGUCUUUACACUGGUUUUAAUCGCCUUUGAACGGUACAACUCCAUUUUGUUUCCACAUAGCAAUACUCGAAGGCUCACAGCACAGAAAGUAAAACGAGGAAUCUUAGCGAGUUGGUUAGUGGCAGUCGUGUCUGAGAUCCCGGCAACUGUAGUAAUGAAGUACAGCAAGCGACACGAAAUUUGUAUUGAAGAAUGGCCGGACAUUGGAUAUGCCAAGGCUUACACGUUGAUGACAUUUUUCAUUGACUUCGCUUUCCCGUUUACCUUUAUGGCUGUUCUCUACGGAAGAGUAAUUCAUAAGCUUUGGAACCGUCAAAGUUCCAGCUCAACCCAGGUAGUGCUGCUACAACAAAGAAAGAAAGUCACCAAACUUCUGUUGAUUGUCACAGUUCUUCACGGAGUGUUUCUCCUGCCUGACACGGUCACUUAUGUUCUUUCGUACUUUGGCUUCAAGUAUGGCUCCAUUGCGUACAAGGUUGGCACAGUUUUGGUCUGCUUGAACUCAACAGUGAAUCCAUUUUUGUACAGUCUUCGCAGCGAGAGAUUCAGACGAUCUUUGCAGAGGCUGUUACACUGGAAAACCAAAAGUUUUCACCUUACAAACAAGUCAAAAGAAAAGAAUUCCAUUGAAUUGCGCUCUUCGACUAGACUGGAAAAUUCUAGUGUAAACUAAGUUUAAGUAGAACGGAUUAUCGUAAAAUAAAUAGUGCAAGCAUUCUUCUAAUAAAUUAACUACCGGAGAGUUUUAGAUUGAAAAGUUCGAGCGUUAAGCUCUCCCUUUCAGCUAAUGUAAUAGCAAAAAACAAUUGAACAUCAUUUCAAAAAUCGUUUACAACCAGAUGGUAUUUUUUUAAUCUAAGAAAUAAUUGUUCUUCCUAACUAUACACUCUCGAGACUGACAAAAAUGCAAAUACUUUAAAUAAACAUUAUGUCAGGGGUGUUUCAGUUUUCAGUGAGGAGAAUUUACCUUUACCAUAAUUGAGAGAUUGAUUAAACGCAAACCUUUUCGAGCUUGUCUGCCAAGUCCCAUUAGGGGUGGAUGAUUUAAGGACUGAAAGGGGGUGGGGAGUGAUUCGAAAAAAAAGCAUCCUGUAAGCACAGUUGUACCAAAAGAACUGAGGAUUCAUGCUCACGACCAUUGCCAAGAAAACAAAUUCACACACGUUCAGUGAGCCUAAAAAGGCCGUUACAGGGAGAAAAUAAUACCCUUCAUGCACACGUCACAAGAAAAAAAUUCCUAGUGCAUGAAAGGGCUAAAAAAAAAAAAAAUGACUUUACCAAAUUACCCAUCCCCCCUCAAAAGUCAAAUGGUCCACCCUUUAUUUAGACAACAUUAUUUGGGAUCCCUGUGCCUCUCUCCCUUGAGGAAUGACCCCUGUUGUUUUAGACAGACUUUUCCACGAAUCUCCGUUUGGUGUUCUGCCGCGUCCCCCACCAAUCGUUCUGAAUAUGAGAUUUUACGAUAAAUCAACAGUCGGAAAUCAAAAUCAGAUUAAACUUUGAGUUCAACAGGCUCUGGGCUAUCUUCUUUUCAUUACCGCCGCGUUUAAAAUACGAUUAUACGAACUAAUGAAAACAGUAGACUAGACAGUCGGGGGAAAGUUAAUUUACCUCUAGUUUUAGCGGAAGUUUAUAUCUUGUAACAAAACUGUAGUAAGAGUGUCUGAUCAUCAAGGAUAUGUUGUCAAGAUCCGCCGUUCAGAUAAGCGCUUGUGAAUAGGCGGAUUGACCGACGCUCUUGUAAACUAUACAAGUAAAAAAAACUUUAAUAAA